UUGGAUAUGAUGUUACACUUUGCAAACUGAAGGAUGAAGCCUGUGUACACCACAAAACAAGUCCAUAUAGAUACUACACUGGGUUAAACAGAUUUACACAUGUAGAUGCAAACACACCUGCAUACGUGAUAUUCGACAAGCAAAGACACUCUUCACACAAAUGUAUGGAUACUUGGACUCAAACCACUGAGGAUCGUCACAUGGCAAAUAGCAGAUGGUGCAACUACAAAUACACCUAUGUGAAGAUGCCUUCAGUGCUCUUUGGAGUGAUUUUGGCCAAUGCGAUGAUUGUUGGUAUGUGUGAACCAACUCAGUCCUGGUCAGACGGGGCCGAAAGGGGUAUUUUGGAUUCUGCCGACUCAAAUAUUCUACUACGCAAAGAUGCAGUGUACCAGUUUGUGAACACAUCUUUCAGUUUUGAACAAGCUUUGCGUUACUGCCGUGGUCAGUUCGGUGCCCUCACAACCUCAGGGGUCAAAGAGGAUGAGGAGGGAGCCCAGCAGUUGCUCUCUAAUCCCGUCCUGAAGGGCCCCAUUUGGUUUGGAACCAACAAGAGACAGAACUCCACCGCCCAUCUGGCCCAUUCCAAACAAACAACAGUCCUCUCGGGCUUAUCUUUCCAGUCUAAGGAUAGCUUUGCUUGUUUGAACAUUUCUUUCCCAACGCUGUCGACAGUGAGUGUGUGCAUGCGCCUGCAGUGGGAUCCGCAGCACGAGAACAUCUCCACUGUGUUCUCCUACGCAGCGCCUGUUUUUAUCAAUGAAUUUCAGCUGCGAGGAAAAAUAGAUGAGUCAAAAGGAAAGAAAUCUCCAAAAAAGGUCCGACUAGCACUUCUCAUUAAAGGACAACACAAUCCUUACAAAGCCGAGUUUCCUCUUGAUAAAGACUGGCACCAUGUUUGCGCCACCUGGCGUGCGAGUGAUGGAUUUUGGGCUAUUUAUGUGGAUGGAAAAGAGGGUGAUUCGGGGAUCGCUGGGCAAGCUAAUCCCAGGGACAUCCAUGGAAAAGGGAUAUUUAUAGUAGGGCAAGACCAGGAUACCUUUGGAGGGACUUUUACGGAGCCAUUUGUGGGAAACUUGACUGAUCUGAACAUUUGGGAUGUAGCUCUGGAGCUAAAACAGGUGCAGGCACUUAGUGCAUGUUCAGCACUGACCAAUCACAGAGCGAUCUUUAGAUGGCAGGACCGGAAGCUCACUGUCAAUCCAUCUGUCAAGAAUGUGUCUUCAACACUGAACUGUCCAGGGCCCCUGAAGCCAACACAGGUACAGAAAGAGGAAUGUAAAGUUUUUAUGGGCUGGUCUGGUGAUCAGCCUCAGUACAGGACUGUCUCCUGUACAGACUCACUCCCUUUCAUCUGCACAAUCAGUAAAGAACGCUAUCUGAAGAUGAAAGAAAUGCGAGAAUCAAUGAGUUCCAACCCAAGCCCCUUCAUGCAAUGUCUCAUGCAGCUUGGCAUGACCACAGAGGAUGUGCUGUUGGAUACUGUAGAUGGGCCGAGUUGGACCUCUGUUUCCCAUCUGUUAAACAUGUCUGAGCAGGCUGUUUUGAAAGAACAGAAAGAACUGGAGGGCAGGGACAUGAUCUCUCUCAUCCAUGUGCUCUCUCGGGCCGCUGAUCUGCCCAGUACAGCCAACCAGAGCCGCCAUGAUGCUGAGAAAUUCGGCCAGAGCUUCAUCACACUGGCAGAAUUACUCCUCAGCCAGGACAAUGCCAGCAAAUGGGACAGCAUCAAAGAGGUAGUAAAGGGGCCGAUGGCUGUGAUACAGAUUGUAGACCGUAUGAUGAGCAACCUCGACUCUCUGCUCAUGGAGGACACAGACAGUGUGCAGAUACACAGCCAGCAUAUCAAGUUGCAGGUCCAACAGAAGAUUCUCUCUGAAAGUUCUGAAGGAUCUGUUGCUUCUGAGUUUUGCGGGUCAGACAUGGGAAAACGUGACUGCAUCUCUGUACCAACUAAAAAUAUCAAGGAACUUCAUAAUAGUGGCUUCAAAAAGGUGACUUUGCUGAAUACAUGGUACAGCAAUGUGAAAUGCCUCUCAGAAAGAGAGGAGAACAUUACCUUUUCUCCUAUUGUCACGGAUGGUUAUCACAGUUAUCGGGGAACAGUCUUGGGUUCGUCAAUCAUCUCCAGUACAGUGUUGGGAGAUGGACAGCCAAUCAGCAUGGCCAUACACUUCACACUCCAGCACAGGAGUCAGAACACUUCAGUGACAAUAAAACCCAUCUGUGCUUUUUGGGAUUUUGACCUGAAGCCAGAGCGGGGAGGGUGGUCAACUAAAGGCUGUGCUGUCAUUUCCACUCACGAUAACUCUACUUCCUGUUACUGUAACCACACUACAAACUUUGCUGUACUGUUGCAGUUAUAUGAUGUCCAGUGGAGUCAUGAACAUGAGAUAAGUCUGCAGAUCUUUGGUUUGAUUGGCUCUGGGGUGUCUCUAUGUGGACUGAUCCUCACGCUGAUUCUCUUUGUUGCUGUUGGUGUUCCAAAGUCAGAUCGCACUACAAUUCACAAAAACCUGAUCGUGGCACUGGCUGUAGCUCAGUUACUGUUCAUUUUCAGCGACUGGGCUGUCGGAAACCAGGAAGCUUGUUGGCUGGUGACGGCCCUCCUUCAUCUAUUUUACCUGUCAUCCUUCUGCUGGAUGCUGGUGGAGGGGUUAUUGCUCUGGAGUAAAGUUGUGUCUGUUAACAUCAGUGAGGAGAGGAGAAUGAAGCUUUACUACGUGCUGGGCUGGGGGCUGCCGGUUGUUAUAGUCGCUGUAACUUUGGUGGCCUCUUUGGACCGGUACAAAGCACAGCAGUAUUGCUGGUUGAACAUUCAGUCAUAUGUCAUUUGGGCUUUUGCAGGGCCCAUAAUCUUUGUUUUUGCUGUCAAUUCUGUGGUGCUUUUUAGGGUUGUCAUGGUUACAGUGGCCAGUGCUCGCCGCAGAGCAAAAAUGCUGACGCCCAGUUCUGAUUCAAAACUUCAAACACUGGAUCUUACGUGGGUAGCAACACGGCCAGUGCUGAUCUUGUUGCCAGUGUUAGGUCUGACCUGGAUUUGUGGAGUGUUGGUACACUUAUCUGUUUAUCUGGCCUAUCUGUUCAUCACACUCAAUGCUUUUCAGGGCCUGUACAUAUUUUUGGUGUAUGCGGUUUACAACAGUGAGGUGCGGAACGCUAUAAGAAGAAUUCAGGAAAAGCAAAAAGCCUUGUCAUUUACCAACUGCUCUCAGCCUAUCAGCUUCUUGCCCUCUCAAAAAUCUGCCAGUGGCUCAUGGGUUCACAGUCUGCCCACUCAGUCCAGUCGAGAGAGCAGUGAGAAUGGCACUCCCAUCACCAGCUCCACAUCCAACUCGCUCGUCUUAAAGAAUGAGCGUUUUAAAGAUGAAAGCAUUGUGUGUUUCUCAAAUAAACAAGCCAAUGGAAGUCAGGUGGUUCAGCUGACAGCCUUUAAGCCCUCAGACUGUUAAGGAGAAGACUACACGUCACACACACUCAAGCCAUAUCCUGGGAUGAAGACACAACUCAUUAUGUGGUGCAACACACACACACACACACACACACACACACACACACACACAUGUUGUGUUUCCAUGUUAUAUGGGGACUUUCCAUAGACAUAAUGGUUUUUAUACUGUACAAACUUUAUAUUCUAUCCCCUAAACCUAACCCUACCCCUAAACCUAACCCUCACAGAAAACUUUCUGCAUUUUUACAUUUUCAAAAAACAUAAUUUAGUAUGAUUUAUAAGCUGUUUUCCUCAUGGGGACCGACAAAAUGUCCCCACAAGGUCAAAAAAUUCGGGUUUUACUAUCCUUAUGGGGACAUUUGGUCCCCACAAAGUGAUAAAUACACACUCACACACACACACACACACACACACACACACACACACACACACACACACACACACA